AUGAACGGCAACAGCAUUGCUAUGCAUCCCAAGGUAGCAGAACAUCCUGUGAUUCCCACAAAGCAAAAGGCGGCAGUAAGGGAAGGAAGCGGGAAAGGCGCCAAAACCGUUAUCAAAGAGAUUGACGUUCCGACGCCGGGUCCAGGUGAGAUACUUGUCAAGAUCAAUUGGUCUGGCCUUUGUGCUUCAGAUAAAUGCUUGCUCCACGAUGACUGGGCUGCAUUCCAGUGGGGCAUGCAAGACUCGUCACAAGGCAUCCUUGGACAUGAGGGCGCCGGUGUCGUCGUGGCUGUAGGUGAAGGAAUGGAUAAGAAGUGGAAGAUUGGGGAAAGAGCCGGAAUCAAAUGGAUCUACAGCACUUGUGGAGACUGUUACUUGUGCAAGGAUGGCGGUGACGAUGAGCUCCACUGCGCCAACAAGAAACAUCCGGGCUUCAAUCAACCUGGAACCUUUCAGCAGUAUGCGCUCAGUGAUGGCAGAUAUACAACCAAGAUCCCGGAUGGUGUGACAGACGAAGAGGCUGGUCCUAUCAUGUGCGGGGGUGUAACUGCAUACGUGGCAUGCAAACGAAGUGGAGUCAAACCCGGGCAGUGGAUCGUGAUUCUGGGCGCUGGUGGUGGUCUCGGACAUUUUGCCGUGCAGUACGCCCGUGUGAUGGGAAUGCGAGUAAUCGCCGUGGACGGCGGGGACGAGAAGGCUCAAUUCUGCAAGGAUCUGGGAGCCGAAGUCUUCAUUGAUUUUCUCAAAACACCUGAUAUUGCCGCACGAAUUCAUGAAGUCACCGGCCAUGGAGCUCACGCUGUCAUUGUGUUUCCUGCUGGCAAAGAAACAUAUGCUUCGGCACCAAGCUAUCUUCGGGUUGGUGGGACAGUAGUCGCCAUUGGCCUUGCCCCUGAUCCAACAGCAGUUGCGGGUGCUCAUCCCAUGCUUGUCAUUGGUAUGAGACUAACUAUCCAAGGGAGCACUACUGGUACCUUGAAGGAUGUAGACGAAGCGCUCGGCUUCACUGUACGAGGUCUGGUUCGCCCAGUGCUGACACGAGGCAAGUUGGAGGAUCUUGACAGUUUCUGCGAACAAUUGGCAACAGGUAAAUUGAAGGGUAGAGCUGUGAUCAAGCUAAACGACUGA